GUAUCAUUCUUAUAGGAGAGAUAGGAGGGACGGCAGAAGAAGAUGCUGCUGCAUUAAUUAAGGAAAGCGGUACUGAAAAGCCUGUUGUUGCAUUCAUUGCUGGAUUAACUGCUCCACCUGGUCGUCGUAUGGGUCACGCUGGAGCUAUUGUAUCAGGUGGUAAGGGUACUGCACAAGACAAAAUCAAGACUCUCAGGGAAGCUGGGGUCACAGUGGUGGAGUCCCCUGCAAAAAUUGGAGCUGCCAUGCUAGACGUUUUCAAGCAGAGGGGCCUAGCUGAGUAGUUUGAGUUUUGGACAUCUGACUUCAUUUAGUUUCAUCAAAGCCUUUGGUUUUUCUACAAGUUGCAAACACUUGAUUCUUGUGGAUUAUAUUGGCUCUUUUCCUUCUUUUUUUUUGCCCUUUUGAGCAAGGAGAGAUAAGUUAAAAUAAAAGAUAUUUUAGGACCUCGAGGCUACUAAAAAAAUUUUUUUACCACACCCAGUCAUCUCCAGUUUCCCUGGUGAUGGAUUGUACGCCCUUCACACCCUUAGUGAUGAAUUUUAAAUGACUUCAACUUGCUGUUUCUGCAAGGUUGUUUGCUUUGUAAUUCUGUGCGUCUGAGUAAGUUAUGGCGAUCUCUGUCAUUGCACUUCUGUUAUCAAGCCAAUUCAUUUAUGAUGCUUUGAAGGUGCAUGUAUCA